AUGCUGUUACGAGAUCUCCAAGAACGCACGACGUUCUAUGACCCUGUUGCAGAGCUUCAGAUGACACAGACGGAUGCAAAGCUGUUCUAUCAGCGGAGCAAGAUUGACCCACGGACUGGGAACUCUCCAUGGCCACAGUCAACUCCUUUCGGAAGCCCUCUCAUGCUCUCAGGCUCACGCCCAGCUACAGAGUGGGGUGGUGAUUCCUUGGUACUAGACAAGCCAGAAGUCGUAGACACUCCUGCCAGGCCGUAUGAAUCGACAAUUCCUCCCAAUGCCUCAUAUCCUCUGAAGCCUAGUCUUAAUACCAGCCACGGCUUUAAUGAGACAAGGGUCGCCAAUGACCCCGCUGCUGGAUUAUCAGGCAAUGGACUCUUUGAUACUGAGCCUCAUAUAACAGCUGAGCUCAGUGCGAUUUCAAAGCAGAUUCAGAGAAUACUUGACAUGAGACGCAAGUACAUUUCUCUUUCUAACCAAGGGCCAAAUGACAACCCCAGAGAUAAUGCAGAUUGGGAAAUCUACCCUCCUCCUCCUGAUCCAGCAUGGAUCCAUAGCCACGGCAACGGCACUGACGAGGCCGGGAAAAAGCCUGGCCACGACAUUGGAGAUGAUUUCUUUUUUGAAGACUUACUUCCCCUGCCUGAAAACGGCGAGAUGAGCUUUGAAAUGGACAGCGAAGGAGUCUAUCAGGUGUUUGACACCCCAAGCAGCAAAACCCCCGCUAUUCGCGUGCCUACGAUUCGAGAAUUCUAUAUUGAUUUGGAAGAACUUCUCACAGUUUCAUCUGACGGUCCAAGUAAAAGCUUUGCUUUUCGUCGACUUCAAUAUCUAGAGGGAAAAUUCAACCUAUAUGUUCUUCUUAAUGAAUACCAGGAGACUGCCGAUAGCAAAAAGGUGCCGCAUCGAGAUUUCUACAAUGUCCGAAAGGUGGAUACGCACGUCCACCACUCUGCAUGCAUGAAUCAGAAACAUCUCUUGCGGUUCAUCAAGAGCAAGAUGAAGAAGUAUCCGAACGAAGUUGUGCUCUUCCGAGAUGGCAAGCAUCUCACCUUGGCGGAGGUCUUUGCCAGUAUCAAUCUGACGGCGUAUGAUUUGAGCAUAGAUACACUUGAUAUGCAUGCACACACUGAUUCCUUUCACCGUUUCGAUAAAUUCAACCUCAAGUACAACCCCAUUGGCGAGUCGCGCCUGAGGACCAUCUUUCUCAAAACCGAUAAUUUCAUCCACGGGCGCUACCUGGCGGAGAUUACCAAGGAGGUGAUAGCUGACUUGGAAUCCAGCAAGUACCAGAUGGUCGAAUGGCGCAUAUCCAUCUAUGGCAAGUCCAUAGAUGAGUGGGAUAGGCUUGCAGCCUGGGUUGUGGACAAUAAGCUCUUUUCCCACAACGUCCGCUGGCUCGUCCAAAUCCCUCGUCUCUACGACAUCUACAAAGCUAGCGGCUUGAUGGAUACAUUUGAGCAGGUUAUAAAGAAUGUAUUCCAGCCCCUAUUCGAAGUCACAAAGGAUCCGUCAAGCCAUCCAAAGCUACAUGUGUUUUUAGAACGCGUUAUUGGCUUUGACAGCGUCGAUGACGAAAGCAAAAUUGAACGACGUCUGUUUAAGAAGUUCCCUGUGCCCCGAGCCUGGGAUACGAAGCAGAAUCCUCCAUACAGCUACUGGAUCUAUUACUUGUAUGCCAACAUGACCUCGUUGAACCACUUCCGACGGAGUCGCGGCUUCAAUACAUUCGUUCUACGACCUCAUUGCGGAGAGGCGGGCGAUAGCGAACACUUAGCUGUGGCGGCACUGUGCUGUCAUAGUAUCAGCCAUGGAUUGCUUCUUCGCAAAGUUCCUCUGCUCCAGUAUAUCUUUUAUUUGGAGCAAAUCGGAAUCGCCAUGUCGCCUCUAAGUAACAACGCCUUGUUCCUUGCUUAUGAACGAAACCCAUUCCAUCAGUAUUUCAGACGCGGCUUAAACGUCUCUCUAUCCACAGACGACCCGUUGCAAUUUGCUUUUACCAAGGAACCCUUGAUCGAAGAGUAUGCUGUGGCUGCACAGAUAUAUAAGCUGAGUCCAGUGGACAUGUGCGAGCUAGCAAAGAAUUCGGUAAAGCAGAGUGGCUAUGAGAAAGCCAUCAAGAAACAGUGGCUGGGCCAAGAUUUUGAGAAACCCGGGAAGGAUGGGAACAAGAUGGUGAAGACAAAUGUGCCGGAUCGCAGAGAAGAAUUCCGGUACCAUACGCUCCUCCAGGAAAGAGACAUUUUGAGAAAGUAUCUUGAUUACGGCUCUGGCGAUGACCUCUUGGCAAACGGGGUGUUAGCAAGCGCCCAAGCAGCAGAACCACUUGAGAGCAAGACUCAACCUUUCCCGGCUGCUACGGCGGCCGAGCCCAAGGAUGGAGAGUCCGAGGGACAUGUGUCAUUUGUCGACGCUCACACAGGAGAGCCUCUUAAGACGGAUAAUCACUUGUCUGGAAGCGACCCGAUGAUGUUUCCAGGAAUCCUCGCCCGAGAGCAUCGAAACAAUAGUUCGAGAAACUUGGCCCAGAGUGAUGACAGAGCAAAGUAG